CAACCAGGAGCGGCCGAGGACUGAGAAGAAGGGGAGCGGUGGUUCCCGGAGCGGAGACCGCGGCAAGGAAAUCCAUCCAUCCGUGGAGUGUACUGAGCGCUUCCUGUGCCCCCAACUCUGUCGGUGCCCAGGCUGUGCCAUGACCCGCACGGUGGCGGUGCUCGGCGGGGGCAUCAGCGGCUUGUCCGCCUGCUACCACCUGGUCCGGGGUCCCCGGGCCCCCAAGGUGGUGCUGGUGGAGGGCAGUGACCGGCUCGGGGGCUGGAUCCGCACCGUCCGCGGGGAAGACGGCGCCGUCUUCGAGCUCGGGCCGCGGGGCGUCCGGCCGGCCGGCGCUGCGGGGGCCAGGACCUUGCUCAUGGUCUCGGACCUCGGGCUGGACGGCGAGGUGCUGCCCGUCCCCGGGGACCACCCGGCCUCACGGAACCGCUUCCUGUACGUGGGGGGCGGCCUGCACCCCCUCCCCACUGGCAUCAGGGGGCUGGUGCGCACGGUGCCCCCUUUCUCCAAGCCGCUGGCGUGGGCCGGCCUGCGGGAUCUGACGGAGCCGCGCGGCACGGAGCCCGACGAGACCAUCCACAGCUUCGCCCAACGCCGCCUCGGGCCCGAGGUGGCCCGCCUGGCGGUGGACGGCCUGUGCCGAGGGGUCUUCGGGGGCGACAGCCGCAUCCUCAGCAUCCGGUCCUGCUUCCCCAGCCUGUUCCAGGCCGAACGGAGGCACCGCUCCCUGCUGCUCGGGCUCCUGCUGGCGCGCCCAGAGCGCGGCCCGCGGGCGGAGUGCGGUCUGAUGGCGCGGGCGCGGGCGGAGCGCUGGAGCCAGUGGUCGCUGCGCCAAGGGAUGGAGACGCUGCCGCGGGCAUUGGGCGCCCACCUGGGCCAGCGCGGAGUCAGCAUCCUCCGCGGGAGGCCCGUCCGCCGGCUCGCCCUCGAGCCCGGGGGCCGCUGGCAGGUGUCUCUGGGGGACGGCAGCCUGGAGGCGGAUCACAUCAUUAGUGCCAUCCCAGCCGCAGCGCUGAGCCAGCUGCUGCCCGCCUUGGCCGCCCCGCUGGCCGAGGCCCUGGGCCCCAUCGGGGCUGCCUCCGUGGCCGUGGUCAACCUGCAGUACCGGGGGGGCCGGCUGCCCGUGCAGGGCUUCGGGCACCUGGUGCCUUCGUCGGAGGACCCCGGCGUCCUAGGGAUCGUGUACGACUCGGUGGCCUUCCCCGAGCAGGACGGGACGUCCCCCGGCCUGAGACUGACGGUCAUGCUGGGCGGCUCGUGGCUGCAGGGGCUGGAGGCCGAGGCGGGCCCGGGGGGCGAGGUGGCCCCGGCCCGGCUCCUCCAGCGGGCCCAGGAGGCCGUGGCCACCCAGUUGGGGCUCAAGGAGACGCCCACCCACAGCCUGGUCCACCUGCACCAGCGCUGCAUUCCCCAGUACGCACUGGGCCACUGGCAGAGACUGGAGUCGGCCGCCCGCUUCCUGUCCACCAGCCACCUGCCCCUCUCGCUGGCCGGGGCCUCCUACGAGGGCGUCGCCGUCAACGAUUGCAUCGAGAGCGGCCGGCGGGCCGCGGCCCGGGCCCUGGGAGCUGACCCCUGACCCCCGGGUCCUAACGAACCUGAAACGGCCGUCCUCGGACACGCGGACACCGGCCGGGCGGGGGGGAGGUACCGGACAGAUCCGUCCCUUUAUUAGAAACGUACGAAACCCCGGAAUCCCCGGCUGGGGGGCGGGGGGGAGGGGAUGCCCCGCUCGCCCCCGGCCCCAAAACUGGUUUUGCCCUAGAAGAGAUUGGCCCACCCUGGCCCCCCUCGGCCUGGCUAUAAAUAGAAUAAAUAUAUUGUUCUACCGGUCUUCACCCAGCCCCUCCCACCGUCUGCUUGAA